AUGCCGUCCUCGCCUUCAAGACCGAGGCCUCCUGGCAGUGCCCCUGUGUCUUCUGUGAGCGACCACAGCUUCAUGAACGGUGAAGAUGCAUCAUCAAGUACCAAUGAACCUGUUCAGGAGAACCUAUUUUCACAUCAGGAGAAAAUGAUUCCUGUGUGGACUUUCAGUGCGGCUCAGGAGGCCCAAGAGCACCUGGCAUGGGUCCCGACACCCCACCCAGCAUGGAUCAAGAUGCCUCCAGCUCCAGUGAAGCAGGAGCCCAAGGUGCCUGAGGCGGCUCCGUCCCAAGAGCUUCCAGCAUUGGUUCAGACACCCCCAGUAUGGAUCAAGAUGCCUUCAGCACAUGUGAACCAGCAACCUAAGGUGUCUGAGGCUCCAGCCCAAGAGCCCCCAGCAUGGAUCAAGAUGCCUCCAGCACCAGUGAACGAGGAACCCAAGACAUCAGAGGCUCCAGCCCAAGAGCCCCCGGCAUGGAUCAAGACCCCUCCAGCACCAGUGAACGAGAAACCCAAGGUUCAUGAGACCCCAGCCCAAGAGCCCCCAGCAUGGGUUCAGACGCCACCAGCAUGGAUCAAGAUGCCUCCAGCUCCAGUGAAACAGGAGCCUAAGGUGCCUGAGACUCCAGCCCAAGAGCCCCCAACAUGGGUUCAGACGCCCCCGGCAUGGGCCCAGACACAUCCAGCAUGGAUCAAGAUGCCUCCAGCUCCAGUGAAUGAGGUACCCAAGAUGCCCAGUGUCCCUGUGUCUUCUGUGAGCGACCACAGCUUGACGAACCGGGAAGAUUCAUCAAGUCCCAAUAAACCUGUUCAGGAAAACCUAAAUUCCUAUCAGGAGAAACUUAUUCCUGUGUGGACUUUCAGCACCGCUCAGAAGUUCCAGACGCCUGAGACUCCAGCCCAAGAGCCCCCAGCAUGGGUUCAGACGCCACCGGCAUGGAUCAAGACACCUCCAGCACCAGUGAACGAGGAACCCAAAGUGCAUGAGACUCCAGCCCAAAAGCCCCCAGCUUGGGCCCAGACACGCCCAGCAUGGAUCAAGAUGCCUCCAGCUCCAGUGAACCAGGAGCCCAAGGUGCCCAGUGUCCCUGUGUGUUCUGUGUGCCAACAAGGCUUGACAAACAGUGAAGAUUCAUCAAGUCCCAAUAAACCUGUUCAGGAAAACCUAAAUUCCCAUCAGGAGAAACUUAUUCCUGUGUGGACUUUCAGCGCGGCUCAGGAGGCUCAGAAGUUCAAGACGCCUGAGGUUCCAUCCCAAGAGCUACCAGCAUGGGCCCAGACACAGCCCAAGGCUCCAGCCCAAGAGCUCCCAGCAUGGAUCAAGAUGACUCCAGCACCAGUGAACAAGGAACCCAAGACGCCCGAGGCUCCAGCCCAAGAGCCCCUAACAUGGGUUCAGACACCACCAGCAUGGAUCAAGAUGACUCCAGCUCCAGUGAACGAGGAGCCCAAGAUGCUGGAGGAUCCAGCCCAAGAGCCCCCAGCAUCGGCUAAUGGUGGUGCUACUGAGGGUCCGUCAUCAGGGCCAGAACACUACCUUGUUAUCACAGAGCCUUUGGGAUUUCAGACCCGCUAUGUGGUGUAG